AUGGGAGGAUUUGAGGUAAAAACAGGAGGUUUUGAGAUAAAGGGAGGGAUCUUGGGUGACCAAAGAGAGGGAUGCAAAGAGGGGGGUGACAAGGAGGGGGGACACACAACCGUGACCCCCCCCUCCCCGGCGCCGCAGGACCUGAAGCCGGCCAACCUGCUGAUCGACGGCGCGGGCCGGCUCAAGCUGGCCGACUUCGGGCUGGCCCGCGUCCUCGCUGCCCCCCGGGGGCGGCCCUACAGCCACCAGGUGGCCACCAGGUGGUACCGCGCCCCCGAGCUCCUCUACGGCGCGCGGCACUACGACGAAGGCGUCGAUCUGUGGGCGGUGGGCUGCAUUUUCGGGGAGCUGCUCAACCUGUCCCCACUCUUCCCCGGGGAGAACGACAUCGAGCAGCUGUGCUGCGUGCUGCGCGCCCUCGGCACCCCCAGCCCCCGCGCCUGGCCCGUGAGUGGGGGGCACUGGGAGCACUGGGGGCGGUGGGUACUGGUUCACACUGCUCCAUACUGGUCCUUACUGGUCCUUACUGGUCCGUACUGGGCAGAGGCCCGCGAGUGCGUCAACUGCGGAGCGACCACGACGCCGCUGUGGCGCCGGGACGGCACCGGCCAUUACCUGUGCAACGCCUGCGGGCUCUACCACCGCCUCAACGGCCAGAACCGCCCGCUCAUCCGCCCCAAAAAGCGCCUG